ACUGAACCCGGGGUUUCGAUGACCAUUUCCUCUCCGACCAUAAAAAGGCAAGCCCCUCCAAUUCCAUCGAAUUCUGAUGACAUGUCGGUUGACUGUGAUCGACUUAAAACAAAUCGAAAUGGAGAUCUUGGCAUUCAACUCAAUGGUGUAAAUCAUACCAGUGUAAGCGGAAAUCGAAACCUUUCGCCGACCACUACUUCGUCAAAAAAAACGACAGUCUAUUUUGGACCAAAUUCAAAAUUUGCCUGCAACUCUCGACGCGCAUGCAGUGUGGUCAGCUCGGAGGAGGUGAGCACCAAUAUUUCUCGCAUACAGCUGCAAGAUAUUGGCUUUCUAAGCUCAUGGCCUCCAUUCCAACCCAAAAAGAUCCCAGUGUCACUUAAUCUGCCUGUUGUUUGUCGUCGUUUAGUUGAGCUUUUCUGCAGGUUGGAUCAAAUUGCGGACCUAUUAGGCCCAGAGGGUAAUCCGGAACUUCAGGAAAUGGCACAAUAUCGUUACACAUUCUGUUGGCUCCCCCUGGCGGCCGAAUACAAGCUCACCUCCGGAGCACCACUAGAUGUCUACUGGGUUUGGAUAGCACAUAUGUUAGACCCAGUUGUCUAUCGACAGGAUUGCCAACGUAUGUUUGGCAACCUUGUUGAACAUCGUCUUUCAUCAAGCAAGAAGCAAAAGCAGAUCACUGACAAAGCACGUGCAAUGUGGCAAGUACACCAUCCCAAAGAACCGUUUGAUUUUGAUCCGAAAAGAACGGGCUAUGUGAAGAUUCACAAUUCGCAAUGCAACGGCCGACCUGCACAGAAUGGCAACAAAAUCUCCGAUGGUGUGACUUCAGUCAUGAAGUGCCAUCCACACUUCUUCUACCAGAUAUCACUACCGCACUACCAAGAGGUAGAUUUUCUUGAAAAGGCAGAGAGACGGUACAAAAUGUUCCUGCACCUUAAAAAAGUUCAACAUCAUAUUCACCAAGGUGUCACAAGUGUGCCAAACGGGUACAACACCAACUGUAAACCAAAGUCGUUGCACUGUACCUCAUCAAAUUUUCAAGAGCGAAGUCCCACCCUUCACUAUUUGCCUUUUGACAUUGAAUUGUGCUGGAGAGCGCAUAUUCUGCACCCAAGGAUUUAUGCCCGGAACACAAGUUGUCUGAUUGGUCAGCUUUUACCACACAUGUGUAGCGUCUAUCAAAACUGCAUGCUGAGUUAUCUGGUAGAAAGUCAACAUACAGUCACGUCAAUUAGUACCGAAAAUCCGGACAAACGUAUGGUCCCCGGGUUAGAGGAACUGUGGUCUGCGUGGUUCCCCGAAGAGCCAUUAGUUCGACCCGGAUCAAUGGAUCGUGGCAUGAGUUCUCGAAAACAACUUGCGUGCUUGACAGCAUCAGAUAUCUACAAAAUGGCCACGAAAUCGGCCCAAGUCACAGGUGUCGAGCCGUCCAUGCAAAAGGAGAGUACCGGGUCUGAAUUCCCUCAGAUGCCCAAUCAGUCAGCCUCCAUAAAAAUAUCAGUCUGCUUCUGGUGUUCUCCCAUGGCUUUGCUUAGUAUCCCUAUUAUCAAUAUAUGUGUGUUUAGAGACCUUGACACAGAUCCAACUUUUAUCAAUCAGGUCACUGCGCAGCUGAACCCCGGUUUAGAAAAGUUCAGUAUACGGAUCCAACAUUCAGGUCAACGAUUUGGCGAGCCUGAUACCAGUGCUUCCGGAAUGUUUGGAGCGGAGCAUUGUGUAGCGCGGUUAAACUCACCUGGAAGAGUUUGGUCAGCGACCGGUCCCCGAAAACCCAUAGCCAGACUGUCCAUGACCUCCGGAGUACACGAUGAGUUGACAAUUGAACUAAUAGAUAAACGCGGCUGGCUAUGUCCAAACAAUUCUUUGCUCAGUAGGGCCAAACUAUCCUUCACAACUUUGCUUGAACGCUUUCCUGGAACAGAACCACUGGAUAUAGAGUUCGGAGAAGAAUUGAAUUUAAUCAAUCAGGUCACUGCGCAGCUGAACCCCGGUUUAGAAAAGUUCAGUAUACGGAUCCAACAUUCAGGUCAACGAUUUGGCGAGCCUGAUACCAGUGCUUCCGGAAUGUUUGGAGCGGAGCAUUGUGUAGCGCGGUUAAACUCACCUGGAAGAGUUUGGUCAGCGACCGGUCCCCGAAAACCCAUAGCCAGACUGUCCAUGACCUCCGGAGUACACGAUGAGUUGACAAUUGAACUAAUAGAUAAACGCGGCUGGCUAUGUCCAAACAAUUCUUUGCUCAGUAGGGCCAAACUAUCCUUCACAACUUUGCUUGAACGCUUUCCUGGAACAGAACCACUGGAUAUAGAGUUCGGAGAAGAAUUGAAUUUA